AUGAUCGCAGCUCUUGCUUUAUCCCUGGCGCUCCUCGUCCCAGUCUCCGAGGCUUGCUUCGCGUGCGGUGUCUGUCAACAGGGAAUGUGUGGUCCUCCACCUCCGCCACCAAUGCCGAUGUGCGGCGGGUGCAGCAGAGGGUAUUCUUGCGGUUCUUACGGAUGCUUCAAGGCUCGUGCUCGCGCCAGGUCCGCCAAGACGCUCAGCGUCGAGGAGGAGCAAGAGAAGAAAGCCCAGCUCGCCCGGCUGACCCCAGACCAGAAGUUCCAACGUUGCUGCGCGGACCGGAACCUCCCGGAUCAGUGCAUGUCAAAGUGUACUUAUGGCACUUAUACCAAGGCUACUUUGCAGAACAUGUACUUCAAACUGGAUGCGUGCCCGAUGCAAGCCGCGGCUGAUAUCCAUUUCUGUGCCGCUCAGGGCAAAGACCACAGCGAGUGCUGCUACCGUAAUGGCGUCACGACCACCCUGUCCGGCCCGAAAUGUCUGACCUUCUGCGAUCAGCGCCCCGGCCACAUCACCCAACUCGACAUCACCUAUCUGUCCUGCUACGAUCGCUUCGAGGAGAUGAAGAGCUGCUUCUACUACGAGAUGAGCAAUGGUAACGGAGCCACCGAGCCCCCAGUCUCCAUCCUCGCCCAAACAUUCGACGAGCCCCAGCCUAGCCGAAGCCAACUGUCCUCCCAGCUCUCCACCCAGUUGGCUGAGAACCGCGACUCUACCCCCGAAGAAGUCCCGCUCCAGCCCGACCAAUCUGACUAUGAUGUCGUCGCGACAGCCCCCAGGGCCCAUGGCACCCGCAUGGCCAAGACGUUCAGCACC